ACUUUGUCAACACCAUGCCAUCAGGAACACUGUCAUCAACAUCGUCCCAAGGUGUACGCGUGCAUAUCAUUCGAGAGUUGUGGAAGAACAGGACGAUCGUAGAACGAGGAUGACCACUUCAGGUGCGACUGGCAGGUGCUCUAAGCAGGCCCUGGUGGCCUCUAAAGAAGAGCACAUCUGCGGUGUCUGCUCCUACCCGGCUGAUGCUCUCGUUUCCCUUUGUGACUGCAAAGGCUUUAUCGGUGCCAACCAUAAAACCUGCCUGGCCCGAUGGCUGAAGGGGCGCAAUGUCGAUCGUUGCAACGUCUGCCAGGGAACAUUCAAGACAGGCAAGAGUCCCAAGCCUGUGGCCGAGUUCUUCAAGGAUCCUGAAAACAAGACUGACGUGCUCCGCAUGGUGGUAACGCUAGUGUCAUGUUUGGGUGAUGUAAUGAUCAUGGUGCUUGCGUGGCGCUAUGCCUCAAGGAAAGUAUUCGGCAAGAACAUACUGCUCUCCAUCAUCGUUACCAUCAUCUUGUUGCUUCAGAGCCUCUUCUGGACUGUGAUCUUCGUUGUUAGAAUUUGGAUCUGCUAUGCACCUUUCCAGAAGUGGCGAUUGCGCACAACAUCCAUAGACAUGACAACGACAGCUGCUGCCGUAAAAGAACAUGUCAAGUCACCUGUUGUUUUAAGCUCCGCCCCCCACUCGGAAGCGAUUUCGGAAUACGUGACACCAUUCAGCACUCCACCCGGCAAGACCUCUCCAGCUGAAGAGCCGCAGGGAAAGAUGGAACGUCCCACCGUUGGCCCCAUAGAUGUUGGUGUUGCUGGAUCCGGAAAUGGUGGAGCUAGGAAGCCGCCCGGAGGAUCCUCAGCCAAUAUGUGAACAUAACGAUGCCCCAAGAUGCUGAUGUACAUUUUUUUCGUUUUAAUAACAGUCGACGUCAAUUCCA